GCCAUUGAUUCUGACAACCCUAAUAGCUCUGAAACAGAUGAAUUAAGUAGUCAACAAAUUCAGAAAAAAUGCAAAUUUACAAAAAAACGCAAAAAUACUACUUUAAGUGAUUUUGAAAGUGAAACUAAAGAGAAAUUACUUUCUCAAAAAACUCCUAUCACUAAACCUCCAAGUUUAAAGUGGUAUAACUUGGCAGAAAUAUUAUCAGUCGAUUAUAAAAAUGCAAUGCGUGAAUUUAUUACUCGAUUAUGGACCUCUAAUACACCAGAAUAUCCAAAUAAUCCGGAUUUUCCAGAAUGUAUUGGUGAUUGGGCAAUUAAGAUGAUGUGUCGUUCUAUUAAUCAACAACAUAUGAAAUUUUAG